AUGGUCCUGAGGAAUGUCCGUGAAGAUAAUGGGCGUGCCCUCCUGGAAAUGUUGGAGCACCUGAGACUGAGGAGGGCAAGUGCACCCAACACCCACAUCACUGUGCGAGUCCUAGCGGCGGCGGACCAUGACGGGAUAUGCGCAGCACACAUUCUGUCACAGCUGCUGGAUAUCCGGGACGUCAAGCAUACUUUGCAGCCUGUGUGGGAGAACGCGGACAUCGCUCAGCACAUCAAGCACGUGGAGAACGACACGGAGGUGCUCUCCAUGGUGCUGCUGAAUUGCGGGGCGAGCACCGACCUUGAGAAACUCGUGUCAGAGAGCAAGAUGUCAGAGAGGCAUGUGGUGUUCGUCAUGAUGCCGUCAACGGGCCACGUGAAUCCUUCCCUGCCCAUCGUGGUCGAGCUCAAAUCCCGUGGAGUGAUAGUGACCUACUACGUCCAUGAACAGUUUCGCGAGGUGGUGGAAGCCACCGGUGCUAACUGGCGUCAAAUGCAAAGGCCCCAUGACUUGACUGACGAGCAAGCAUCAAAGUACUUAGAUGGUCUCGAGAAGACUGCUUGCCUCUUCCCGGCUAGCGCGGUGCCCGUGGCCGCUGCUAUUCUCCCAAGUUUGCUAAGUGACAUGGGAAAUCUGCACCCGAGACCGUCUCUGAUUUUGUACGACCCGCUCUUGCCACAGGGCCUCGUUGUUGCCCAUCAGUUUCACAUACCAUCAGUUAGCCUGCUGACCUUCACUGGCCCUGGUGUGGUGAGUUCUCAAGCAUCUUUAGAGAUGAACCCAGUGGUCCAAAGAUCAGCGCAAGAAAUCAAGGAGGUGUACGGCAUCGACAUCUUUGCGCAUGGCACCAUCGGCGAGUUCUAUUCGAUGGAUAGAAACACGGUCGCGACGCUCGAGCGCUUGUUUGCCCCUCCCUCCUCAAGCUUUCAAAAGGAGCGACUCGCGAAGGUGCCCUUUCGAUGUGUAGGGCCCAUGAUCGCCCCGGAGGAAUCAAGGAUUUCACAUGCCUGGGCUUCGGCAGAACAGCUGGACAAGAAGCUGCCCUGGAAGACCAUUGAUGAGGCCAGGCAGCGGUCGAAGCACGUCAUCUAUGUUUCUAUGGGGAGCGUGGCAACCUCGUCAUUCUGGGCACGAAAGUUUGGCCCGACUGCGGAAAGCAAUGGCUUGCAAGAUUUCAGUGGCAAGGAGUUUGUCCAGUUCGUCCUGAAGGCGGCCUUCGAGGCAUUCGGCCAUGAAGAGGAUCUCUUGGUGAUCGCAGCUACUGGGCCUCAGGUGGACGCACUCGAGGGUCUCCCCCCCGCUCCUGAGAACUUCAUUCUUCAAGAAGUUGUACCACAGCUGCAGGUGCUUCAGAAGUGCGACGUCUUCAUCACACAUGGGGGAGCCAACAGCCUUCAUGAGGCGAUUGCGUUGGCAGUGCCCUUAGUGAUUGUGCCAAUGUUCCACGACCAGCCUUUCAAUGCCGAUGCUUUGGUGGACACCGGCGCGGCCGCGUCCUUCAAAUUCCCCAGUGAAACCUUGUCGCCGACAGCUCUCCGAUCGGCUGUUCGGCAAAUGCUUGAGCCUGAGAACUCCUUCCGGCUUGCAGCUAGCGAGCUGAGCCGUCAGAUGGCUCGGAGUGGUGGGGUUGCAAGGGCAGUUGACUUCAUCUUGUUUGGAGAUGCGGCUGAUGUGCAUGGCUAA